UAUUUUGUUUUAUUUAAAUAAACUACAAAAACAAAAAGAGUCAUUGGCAGUGGAAACUAAUCACCGUUGAAUCACUGAAUGCGAGUGGAUUUGAUUCAUUUAUUUAGGUUUAUCCCUGCUUGUCACACCCUCAUGUCCUCGCUGACUCAGGGUUGUGAAAUUCCCCACGGUCGUUGAAGGCAGCGCAGUUGUUCUUGCUCUGGACAGGAAACAGCGGCAGCGUCAGCGGCGUUAACGGCGUGUCUCCUCCUCAGGAGAAGAAUGGGAAAAGGCAGCUGGACUGUGUUUGUGGAGAAGAGGCAACGCGUGAAAACAUGAGCACCGAGCUCACUGUUUUCGAUUAGUUACAUUUGGCUUAAGAAGGAAAAAAAAAUUGUAUCUCUUUAUUUUUACCAGUUUAUCCUCGUUUUUCCUGAGGGCAGCGGGGAUAUUUGUUCCCAUUGGAGAACAGAGAGGAGAGCAGAGAAGAGGAGGGGAGGCUCUUUGUGUAUUCCAUUUUCACUAUGGAGCAGGUGUCAGACGAUGAGUUGGACCAUGGAGCGGAGGAGGACAGUGAUAAGGAGGACCAGGAUUUGGACAAGAUGUUUGGUGCCUGGUUGGGGGAGCUGGACAAGCUUACGCAGAGUCUGGAUGAUGGCAGGCCACAGAAAGCACUGCAGAAGCCUCCUCUCAGACAAGAGACAAACAUGGCCAACUUUUCCUACAGAUUCUCUAUGUACAACAUUAACGAGGCCUUGAACCAGGGAGAGACAGUUGACCUGGACGCCCUCAUGGCGGACCUCUGCUCCAUUGAGCAGGAGCUCAGUACAAUUUCCAGACCAAAUUCCACAUCUCGGGGACAGAGCAAAGGCCAACAGAGGGCGCCUGGACGCAGUGCAAGCACGAAGCACACAGGCACCGGUGGAGGAGGGAGCAGCGGAGGAAGCACGAGUAGCAGCACCCGAGCCUCCCCUGCCAACACAGUAAGAGGCAACAGCCGCCCCGCAGCCUCAAACAUCUCCCUGGACGACAUCACCUCUCAGCUGGAGAAGGCGUCCUUGAGCAUGGACGAGGCUGCUCGGCAAACCUCCUCAUCUUCCUCCUCGUCUUCAUCCUCUUCAUUCUCGUCCACCACGCUCCGCCGGCCCUCAUCGGGGCCCUCUGGCGGUGGGCAACACCCGAUGCUGGUCAAAAAUGCUCAACGAUACAGGGGGUUUCAGCAAUCCGGCUGCACACCCAUUGGGGGUCCAUGA